GCCAAGUCAACGACGAAGAGUUCUCAAAUUUCCUCAGCCCAACAUCGUGCCGUGUCGUCUUCGUCAGGCACAGAAUCCGGGCAAUGCCACAGCAUUCUCCUCGUUUCGAUACUGAUCGCGAGAAAAGACUCCUCGAUACAUUGCUGUCUGCUUCCCCAUCACUGAGCUGUGACAAUGGUCCUUGCUCGGUUAUAUGUGGCACCGCCAACUUUUCUUGAACGCCCUUUCCACGAAUUCGACCAAGCAACGUCCAGCGUCAAGGAUCAGGUAUGUCGUCUCGAUUGUCGACUCGGAGUUUUGGAACAAAGUGUACGACAACGUGCCUUCGACUGUGUCCACCUAUACUUCAAAGGCACCAUCAAGUCAUCCAUCGAUUCGAGAACCGCGACCGAAGACAUCAUUAGUUUGGCCGACAUCAAACUGCUUCCCGACUUUGUCCCUCGACUGUCAGAGAGCCAUCCAGUUUCCAACAUCGACGCUUUCCACGCCGAGUUUCACUUUGACGUGCCCACCGUCAUUGCGACUGCAUCGGGCGUGUAUCGACCUCUCCCGCUCUCGACCAUCGUCACUGGUUCGGCCAGCGUGACGCAGACUUCGGCGUUGACUGACCACCGCAUCCUUCGUGGAAAGUGCCAAGUGUCGUAUUGGGUCGAAGCGCAGUUUCACUCUGGAGGUCGACGGAUCGGCGGUGUGCGGGAAGCUGUACAAAUUUCCGCGCCGUAUCCGGCUCUGCGCGCCUAUCUCCCGGUCAGAUCUCCUGUAACGGUGCAGGCCACUCCCAACGUAUUGACACGCUACAUGUUUCAAAAGAGUCCGGACCUGUCAGUCACGCUAUAUGGGUUCGACAUGCUGAUCGCUCGACAUGAAGGAACCGACAAACCCCAAAGUGCUCUUCUGACGGCUGCCUUAGAAAUGAAGGGUUCCCCCUGCGCAGAAAGCGGUACAUUCGACUCGCGGCAGUCCUUCCAAUGUGCCGUCGAAGCAAAGUGGGCAGUGGGCACUCGCUUUAGCAUUGUCUCCACUGCCGGGAACGCCAGAAGAUUGAAAGUGGGCGAAUCCAUAUACAUCAAAACCACGCUCUCGACUCAGAGCACGUCACCCGUAUUCCGCCCACUGCUACCUGAAAAGGGAGACCACACGUGGACGGAACCUUCUUUCCCCGUGGCAGCAGCGCAGCUGAUUCUCUCUGUGCCCAGGGCCAUCUCUCAACCGUCGUAUCACUUCGACCACCUCUCCAGAGCGUAUUACUUGGAUCUUUCGUUCUCUUUCCUCAAUAUUCCAGGUGUCCCCAGACACCACGCUCAUAUCAACAUUCCAAUAACUGUGGUAUCAUGGAGUGCCCAUACUGACGCUCCUCCAAAAUAUCAACCUCCCAAAUAUCAAGUUCUGCAGAACGAGGCCGUAGUUCUGUGAACUGGUAGAAAUGUCACACGGUGCCGACGGCG